AUGUCUUACCAACAACAACAGUGCAAGCAGCCCUGCCAGCCUCCUCCUGUGUGCCCACCUCCACAGUGCCCAGAGCCUUGUCCUCCCCCAAAGUGCCCAGAGCCUUGUCCUCCGCCUAAGUGCCCAGAGCCUUGUCCUCCCCCAAAGUGCCCUGAGCCGUGCCCCCCUCAGCCAUGGCAGCCGAAGUGUCCUCCUGUGCAGCCUCCUCCAUCCUGCUAG